AUUUUUUCUAAAGAAGUCCUGCAACGAGACAAUCAGGCCGCAAGAAUCUUUUGGCUCUAGAUGCUGCCAAGCACCACUCAACCUUAGCAAAAAUAGCGCACUUCCAUAUCAUAAUCGCAAGAGCCUACGAUUCAGAACAAUGGAGUCAACCACGAAAUUGACCUGCUUCUUGCAGCUCCUCAUCUUCUCUUUCCUCUGCCAAUCUUUGGCCUCAUCAUCCUUCACCAUCGUUGAUUCAAAUUCUACAUUUCCCAGUGAAGCUCUUCCAACGAAAUCCGGCUACCUACCCAUCAACCCCAAUACCAAUUCAGCCAUUUUCUACACCUUCUAUGAAGCACAAAGCCCAGGUUUACCUCUCUCACAAACCCCACUUCUUAUCUGGCUCCAGGGCGGCCCUGGUUGCUCCUCCAUGAUAGGCAACUUCUUUGAGCUAGGUCCGUAUCGUGUGGUUGAUAUUCAGAAUGAAAACAUCCAACAUCUUUCUCUUGAACGCAAUUUAGGCUCUUGGAACCGCAUUUUUGGCCUUAUUUUCCUUGAUAAUCCAAUUGGAGUUGGGUUUAGCUUCGCUGCUACACCCGAAGAGAUACCAAGAGAUCAACACUCUGUUGCUAAGCAUCUCUUUGCUGCGAUCACUGGGUUUAUUGGUUUGGACCCAGAUUUCAAGAAUCGUCCACUUUAUAUCACUGGUGAGAGUUAUGCAGGUAAGUAUGUUCCUGCAAUUGGAUACUACAUUUUGAAGCAGAAUAUGAGGUUGCCAGAGGGUAAACAAGUGAAUUUGAAAGGUGUGGCUAUAGGUAAUGGGUUAACGGAUCCAAUAACUCAAGUGAAAACUCAUGCUGUUAAUGCAUAUUUUUCUGGUUUUAUCAAUGAGAGGCAAAAGGGUGAAUUGGAGGAGGCCCAAUGGAAGGCAGUUGAGUUUGUCAAAACGGGAAAUUGGAGUGAGGCAACAAAUGCAAGAAGUGAGGCCUUGGAUUUGCUGCAAAACAUGACAGGGUUGGCCACCUUGUAUGACUUUACUAAGAAGGCGCCUUAUAGGACGGGUUUAGUCACCAAAUUCUUGCAAUCAGCAGAUGUGAAGAGGAAAUUAGGAGCAAAUGAAUCUAUUGUUUUCGAUGAAUGCAGUGAUGCAGUGGGGGAAGCACUAUCAGAGGAUGUGAUGAAGAGUGUCAAGUAUAUGGUGGAAUUAUUGGUGAAGAAGAGCAAGGUAUUGUUGUAUCAAGGGCAUUUUGAUUUGAGAGACGGUGUGGUUUCCACUGAGGCGUGGGUGAGGACAAUGAAAUGGGAGGGCAUAAAGAGGUUUCUGAUUGCGGAGAGAAAAGUAUGGAAAGUGAAUGGAGAGCUUGCUGGGUAUGCGCAGAAAUGGGGAAGCUUGAGCCAUGUUGUGGUACUGGGAGCAGGCCAUCUUGUGCCUACCGACCAGGCAUUAAAUUCUCAGGCCAUGAUAGAGGAUUGGGUUUUGGAUAAGGGUGUUUUUGCUUAUGAGAAAAAAAGGGUCUCUGCAUCGGACACCAGGUAGUCAUUCUGAAUGUUGUAGCUCUUGCUGUUGAUGGUAGACAGAUCUGAAAUUUUACUCACAUUAUUGUGGUGUUUUUAAGCGAUGGAAGGUCUAGUGAGAAGUAAAUUUCAUAAAUAAGACAACAGUAUGCUUGUUGUUAGCCAACUGUUCUUUCAUUUAUGUUAUCUACAAGACAUAAUUGCAACAUAAUUUUUAGCAUCUACCAGUCAGGAUACCCGCCCAAACUGGUGCUAGCUAAGAAAUUUCUUUCUGAUGAUCA